AUGUCAAAGUUAAUAAAUGACGUCAAAACAGGCAUCAAAGGCAUUCGCGGAGCUGGGGACGCCAUUCGAGGAGAGGCAAUGGAGGUGACGGAUCAAGUAUUUGACAAUAACCCAAACCAUCCCGAAACCCAAACAGCGCAAACAAAGAAUCGAACGAUCGCAGAGAAAGGGAAGCAAGACGUUAAAAAUGUUGAUAAUAUGUUUGCUCAACGUGAAUGGGAACGUAAAGGUGUUCCGAGAACAGAUGGAGCUGUUCACGGAGCUUCCCAUCACUCGACUACUCCCGGUGGGACAAAUACGCCUACCCACAACACAACUAAUAGCGGUGUCCCAAAGGCCAUCUGA